AUGUCUAAAAUAUCAAAUCUCAUUGAUUUCGUAGUGAAACGUAACAUUUCGCUAUCUGCACCUCGUGAGGGUAAAAGAAAUUUCAGGAAAUUCGUGGUCGCAAACAAACGAGGGUCCCGUUUGUUCAAGGAGAGACAGAGCGGUCCUAAUCCAGAAUUAGAAGUAGACAAACGUGGUGUCCGCGACACUGGCUAUAUGUUGAACGGUAGAUAUGUAAAAGUACCAGAAAUGAUACCAGAACUCAUUGUACCCGAUUUGAAAGAUUGUAAUCUGAAACCUUACGUAUCUUACAAGGCAGAGGAUGUAAUCCAAAGUGAAUUCACACCAGAGCAAUUGUUUGAUGCUGUUUAUAGUAAAAAGAUUGUUACUGAUUAUAAGCAAGGUAAAUUAAAUGCUGACGGCCAACCGAUUGAACCUUCGGAAGAGGAAAGCUUACAACCCGAAGAAGCUAUACAGAGAGCAAAAAGAACCGGCUCUGAUAUAUUUUAA